AUGAGAAGUUUAAGCAAGAUCUUAUUUAGGCGUCCUCAACUUUGGGCAUCACGAAUUUCCCCUGCAUUGGGUUAAAAGUCGAUGUUUAAAUACAGUGCACAUUCAAACAAUUUCUAAAAUGGCAAGCUCAAAACCAUUCCCCUGCAGAAUUACAAGGCAAAUUAGAGUGAAAUAGAUUCUAAAGUAGAGCCCUCUGACUUCUGUCUUUUCAGUUCGAUUCAGCCGAUCUUUCCCAAUAAUCCUAUGAAUUGUCAGAUCAAAAUUGGAAAUUUGAAGCGAAUCACUAAACCACUCCUUUACUCCAUUAUUUCCCCUGACAACGGAGAGAUCUUUACUAUAGGCAUAGCUUUAAAUAAAUCUGUCGAAAAGAAUUUAAAUGCCGAAUUAAAAUUCUUGGAAUAAGGAAAGGAAAAUGGAAAUAUUUUAAUAAAUGAUCCAAUGAGCAACACAUUUAAUUUAGACAUAAUAUCAAAACAAAAAAAUUAUCGAUUCAAAAUCACUAAAAUAGAAAUGACACCUGAUGGAAUAUUUGCUCAAGGAAUACCCUAUAAAGAUAGGCCAUUAACAUAAGCAGAAUAAAUAAUUGAUAUCCAACAUGAAAUUCGAAUGGUGAAUUCACUUGUACAAUAAAUAAGAAAAUUAGCCUAAUAUGAUAGGGUUGAAGUAUUUUCAGAAGUUAAAUACUCACUAUUGGAUUCUAGUGAAAAACUCACUCCUAAUUAGGUUGAUGAAUUAGUAUUCUAAAUUGCUGCAGGUCUCUCUAAAUUACUCACUAACAAUCUGAAAAUGAAUACAUCCAAUUUUGUUUAAUAAUUGUUGGAGAGUCAAACUUAUAUUGACAGACUCUUUAUUCUUAGAAAACAACUAGAGAAUAUGUCAGGAAUCCUUGAUUUAGUGAAUAAGCAUUUCAAAGAAGCAGACUCCUCUCUUUUGAAAUUGCAUUAAUAAACUUUAGCUAAAUUAGCAACAGAAUACAUUAGAUAAAACUAUUUGAAGGAUGCCAGUCAAUCUUAAUAAUAUGGAGGGACUGCUGGAACUCAAUAAUUUAGUGGUGAUAAGUAAUCUUCAUUAGUAAAAAAGUACUUUGAUAAAUUAUCGUUAAUUGCUGAUGAAUCCUCAAGAGAAAAAGUUAAACGUGAAAUCGAGAGAUUCAGUUUAUUAGACAAACAGAGUUCAGAAUUUCAUAAAAUCAAUUCUUAUUUGGAUGAAGUUUUCAGUAUUCCAUUUCAAAAAUUUUCUCCUGUUCAAUGGGAUAUCCAAUUUGCAAAGGAUGUCCUUGACAAAGAAAUAGAAGGUUUAGAGAAAGUCAAGGAGAGAAUAGUUGAAAUGAUAUCAGUUAAUAAAUUAAAAAACGCAGGGGAAAAAGCCAAGGGGUUUAUCCUUUUGUUAAAUGGUCCCCCAGGCACUGGAAAAACUUCAAUAGCCAAGAGCAUUGCUAAAGCUCUUAAGAGAACUUCAAGAUUUAUUUCAUGUGCUGGAGUUGCAGAUCCUACCUUCUUUAAAGGGCAUAAGCGUACUUAUGUAGACUCGAUGCCUGGGGUAUUUAUUAGAGAAUUAAUCAAAUCAAAUACUAUGAAUCCUGUAUUCAUACUAGAUGAGUUGGAUAAGGUAUCGAAACAUCAUUCAGGUGGUGCUGAUCCUUAUUAUACUUUAUUGGAAAUAUUGAAUCCUGAAGAAAAUCAUAAUUUCACUGAUCAUUACAUGGAUAUCAGUGUAGAUUUUUCACAUGUUAUUUUCAUUCUUACAUCUAAUGAUACCCUUUAGAUGUUAGAACCACUUAAAAAUAGAUUAGAAACUAUUGAUAUCUAGGCCUAUAUUCAAGAAGAGAAAUUAUAGAUAGCAACCAAUUUCUUGGUUAAGAAAAGCAUUGAAACUAAUGGUAUCGAAGCUUAAAUGAUUAAAUAUGAUGAAUAGGCUUUGACUAAAAUCAUUAAAGCAUGGUGCUACUAAGAAAGUGGAGUCAGAGAAUUGAAAAGAUGCUUAGAAAAGAUUGCUAGAAAACAUGCUACUAAUAUAUUAGCAUCUAAUCCUAAUCUUUGCGAUAAAGUUGAUGAAUUGAACCAAGUUGUAUUUGAUCCUACCACUUAAAGUUUAGACCUGACUAAAGAUCAAAACUUAGAAUUGAUAUCUUAAUAUUUAGGUCCUCCUGCUUUUGAUAUUUAAUUAGAAUAGAGAUCCAUUAAGAAAUUUCCACCAGGACAAGUCAACAUCUUGACAGUAGGUGGAAUGAUUGGACAUGUCUUAACUGUAGAAAGUUGUUUUGAUUUAAGUGAAACAGAAAAGAAAGGAUAAAUCUAAGCUUCCGGAAAUAUCAAAUUAGUUUUAUAGGAGUCUCUUAAACUAGCUAAAAUCAAUGCAUUUAAAUUCUUGAAUGAAGAAUAGAAAAAGAAAUUGUAGAAUUCUGCAGUUCAUAUGCAUUUUACAGAAGGAGCUACUCCAAAGGACGGUCCUUCUGCGGGAACAGCUAUUACAACAGCUUUAUUAAGUUUAGUUAUGAAUGUUGUUGUGCCUAGUAACUUAGGAAUGACUGGAGAAAUUUCAUUAAAUGGACAAGUUUGUAAAAUAGGUGGAUUAUAACAAAAGUUGAUUGCUGCAAAAACCUUAGACAUUGUUGAUAUCAUACUUCCUUAUGCUAACUUAGGAGAUGCAUUAAAUUUACCACAGCAACUUAUCAAAGGUCUAAAUUUAUAUUUUGUUACCGAUUACAGAUAAAUUUACGAAUUGAUUUUUGAACAACAGUUAGCUAAUAACAAUUAUACAAUUAAUAAAAUUAAAAAUGGAGUAUAUGAAACUGAUUAAAAUAGAACUAAAGAGCAAAUAUAAUGUACAAUAAAUUAUUGA